AUGGAACAAAAGUAUCAAAUUAUUGUACUUAAACCGAUCAAUAACAAUGAAAGAAAAGACCAUCAUCGUGGGAAAGAAUUGAAGGCAAAAGCAAAUAUCAUUAGGAAAGUUACUAGAAAUUUUAGAAUUAACAGAAAAAAUUCUUUGACCGAGGCUAAAGGCAAAGUUCAAAAUUGCCAUCUAAAGAAAAAGAUAAAGAUUAUGAGGCUGAAGAAGGUGAAAGUGUCUACAACAGACCAAGAAGUUAAUCCUAGCAACAAUCUCUUAGAAGAUUUUAAAAGCAAUUUGAAAACAAGACCAACAUCUAUUUUAUCCAGAAGGAAGCGGUCUAGAAAUAUAAAGAGUCUCAUGAAAGCCUCGACUGAGCAUCAUGGUCCGAUCCAGAAAUUUCCAGCAUUGCAAAAAGUCAGUACCCUUCCAACAAAAUCUAGAGAUGAAGCUACGGAAACUAUACUAAUGAAGAAGAGAUGUAGAAACUUAAGUCGUAUUAGGAACACCUCACAAAGUCGUUUGCAUUUAACUCAGAAAACUGGACUAGUUGAGAAAUCAGUUAAAUUUAUGAAUCAAACUCCAAUCCAGAAGAGUAGAAACAGAAGUAUAGGGUCGAUCAAAGGUUUACUUUUUCAGACCUCUCAAGUGGUUGAUGAUUAUAAGAAGCUAUUGUUCAAUAGUAAGUCAUUCAAAUAGUCAACCAUAUUUAUUAUAUAAAAUUACUUGGAAUGAUUUGUUAACCAAUUCUA